AUGGAGCCUAACGAGAAUGCCGAGAGUAUUUCAACUUUACCAAAGUACCUUCUAUUCAAGUAUUUCUACGAGAAAAAUGGAUUCUUAACCCCAUUCAGAGAUUUCCUGAUUGGCCGUAUCGCAAAAGAAAGCGCGCGAGCGCACACGUACGAGAGGAAAGAAAAAGAAAGCGACCAGAUGGGUAACAUUCCAUAUGAAGCUACAGAAGAACAGUUAAAGGACAUCUUUUCUGAAGUUGGACCAGUGGUCAGUUUCAGACUGGUAUAUGAUCGAGAAACAGGCAAACCAAAAGGUUAUGGUUUUUGUGAAUACCAAGACCAAGAAACAGCCCUUAGUGCUAUGCGGAACCUGAAUGGCCGGGAGUUCAGUGGGAGGGCACUUCGAGUAGACAACGCUGCCAGUGAGAAGAACAAGGAGGAACUAAAGAGCCUUGGCACUGGUGCCCCCAUCAUUGAAUCUCCUUAUGGAGACCCCAUCAGUCCAGAGGAUGCUCCAGAAUCCAUUAGCAGAGCAGUUGCCAGUCUGCCACCGGAACAGAUGUUUGAGUUGAUGAAACAAAUGAAGCUUUGUGUACAGAACAGUCCCCAAGAAGCAAGAAAUAUGCUGCUACAAAACCCCCAGCUAGCCUAUGCUUUACUGCAGGCACAAGUAGUGAUGCGAAUUGUAGAUCCAGAGAUUGCACUGAAAAUUUUACAUCGUCAAGCAAAUAUCCCAUCUCUGAUUCAAGGUAACCCGCCACCCGGCCAAGGACCUAGUGCUCCAAUGAACCAGCCAAAUGCUGCAGCCUCUCAACCACAGCCCUUGGGUGGAAUGCAUGUAAAUGGAGCUCCUCCUCUGAUGCAGCCACCUUUGCCAGGUGGCGUUCCAGCACCAGGAGCAAUGCCUACUGCCGGACCUGGCCCUGGCCCUUUGGCACCUGGAGGUGGCAUGCCGUCCAAGGUUGGAAUGCCAGGCGGUGGGCCUGUCUCCCUAGAUCGAGGCCAAGUGCCAAUGCCAGACCCCAGGGCCCCUAUGCAACGUGGACCUAUGCCUGCUGGCGGCCCACCUCCCCGAGGUCUUUUAGGAGAUGCUCCAAAUGACCCACGUGGAGGGACUUUGCUCUCAGUCACUGGAGAAGUAGAACCCAGAGGUUACCUGGGGCCACCCCAUCAGGGUCCUCCCAUGCACCACGUCCCUGGCCAUGACAGCCGUGGUCCUCCACAUGAGAUGAGGGGAGGACCACUGGGAGAGCCCCGGCCUCUCAUGGGAGAACCCAGAGGACCUAUGCUAGAUCAGAGGGGUCCACCCAUGGAUGGCAGAGGUGGAAGAGACCCCCGAGGGAUGGAUGCCAGAGCAAUGGAAGCCAGAGCAAUGGAGGCUAGAGGCAUGGAUGCUAGAGCAAUGGAAGCCAGGGGGAUGGAGGCCCGCAGCUUAGAGUCAAGAGCAAUGGAAGCUAGAGGCAUGGAUGCAAGAGGAAUGGAAGCAAGAGGCCCUGGCCCCAGAGGCCCAAUGCCCGGGGGACUCCAGGGACCUGGACCAAUCAACAUGGGAGCCGGUGGCCCUCAGGGACCCAGGCAGGUCCCGGGCAUGCAGGGAUCUGGUCUGCAGGGUGGCGGUCAGCCUGGGGGAUUUAGUCCUGGACAGAACCAAGUUACUCCGCAGGAUCAUGAAAAGGCUGCUUUGAUUAUGCAAGUGCUCCAACUGACCGCAGACCAAAUUGCUAUGCUGCCUCCUGAGCAACGGCAGAGUAUCCUGAUUUUAAAGGAACAGAUACAGAAAUCUACUGGUGCCCCUUGAAUGAGCCAGUCCAGUCCCCAGGAAGAGAAGUGAUCCUGUGUAGGUUCUGAGUUAAUCACCCUGGAUGUGCUAAUACCUGGAGCAUUUCAAUAAAGUGACUGCAUAUCAUAGGAACCAGUAUAUUUUCUUAUUUAUUAAAUUAAAUUUUUUUCCAAUUACAUAUAAGUUUCCAACAUUUUUCAAAGAAUGUUGAGUCUCAAAUUCUCUCCCUCUAAUCCCCACCCCUGUUGAUACGAUAAGCAAUCUUAUAUAGAUUUUACAUGUACAGUCAUGUAAGACA